AUGACUACAGUCCCGCCGACCGUGCUAUUAGCGUACACCAUCGCCGCCUCGACACCGCACAGCGGAAAGUAUGGACCUGAGCACAUUCUGGAGGACAAGCCACAGGAUCAGUCAAGUCGAUGGAGCGGCGCUUUUCAGGGAAAUGCGAACCAAUGGAUAGUUUUGCGGUUGAAAUCGUUGGCUGUCCUCAAAGCAAUAACGUUUGGAAAGUUCUCCAAGCCACAUCCGUGUAACAUGAAAGAACUCAAAGUCUUUGUUGGGAUAUCAGAAGACCAUAUGACGGAAGUCCUCCACACCACCCUCAAGAACGACGCCGUCCCUGAAGUCUUCAACUUGGCCCAUGUCAAUGACGCCGGAAUACCAUUCCCAACCCAAUAUGUCAAAAUUGUCCCUUUAUUAGCACAUGGCCAGAAUUUUCAUAUUUCCAUUUGGCACGUUGCAAUGACUGGCAUAAUUGAACCCACCUACGUCGAGGGUGUUCGUCAGGCAUACGAAGAGUACCGUGAAACAUCAGUCCUUCGCUACGUGCUGAAGCACCUACGGCAACGAAGGCUGCUGUCCCCAUAUCAAGUCAUCCUAUCGCGUGCCAACAUCCAACUCGAACACCCACUCGUUACCCAACUUCACGAAAGCCUUGUUCUGCAAGGAAAUUGGACAAGAACAGAGCAGCUCCUCGAGAAGAUGUCUUCCUCCGGUCUAUUUGACUCCUACCUCCUCUCGUCCCAACCUCAUGCCGUCUGGACCCGCAUAACCGGUACGGAUGCCGACGGGGACAUUCCUCCAGCACGUGGCGGACAUGCUAUGUGCAUCGAUCCCGAGAACGAGAUGAUUUAUAUGUUCGGAGGUUGGAACGGAGAGAAAAAUCUCGACGAUUUUUGGGUCUAUGAUAUCAAGGAUGAUCGGUGGAAACUUUUGUGUGCUCACACGAUGGAAGAGCAAAACGCACCUGGACCAAGUUCAUGUCAUAAGAUGGUGUUCGAUACGAAGACUGGAUGCAUAUAUGUGCUUGGCCGCCUUCAAGAUGCGGAUGAUCUGCCGGCACCAGUCCCGACAUCCUUACCCUCAAGAGGGCAGGCUCUGCCAGCCCCAGGCCAUCUACCUUCGCCACAAUUACCGCGGCCUCCUGCUACAGGCGGUGGGCCCGAGGCGAGGAAUAAGAAUCUCCCGUCUGAGUUCUAUCGUUAUCAUACUCGCGGACUCCUAGAAGGGAAAUGGGAUUUCUUAGCGAUUGAUACUGCUGUCUCUGGUGGACCUCCUCUUAUUUCCGACCAUCAAAUGGCACUCGACUCGGAGAACCAGAUCAUAUACGUUUUUGGAGGACGCAUUCUUGAUGGACAGUUGGCCACGGCCGCGCCGAAAUAUUCCGGAUUGUAUAGCUACCACAUCAACACAAGCAAGUGGAACUUACUUCAGCAACCUAAUGUGGACAUGUCGAACGGCUCUCCUGCUAUCCCAUCGCGAUCCGGUCACUCCAUGGUUCUGGAUCCAAAAACGAAGACUCUGUACAUCUCUGCUGGCCAGCACGGCGAGAAAUACUUCUCUGACAUGUAUUCGUACGACACCAAGACCGGCGUUGCAACAGAAAUAUUUUCCAACUUCAGCACCAAUAGCGGGCCAGACGCAGGCUUUACCCAACGAGCUGUCAUCGAUCCGACAGUACAAGAACUAUAUGUCAUGUGCGGGUUGACGAAGAGCCCAGGUAGUGCCGCUCGGACGCUGCGAGGAGAUCUGUCGAAUUGGAUAUACCGCUACGGGACAAAACCAGGAAAAUGGGUGCAAAUUCUCCGACAACCCGACAGACCCCUUUCCGAGAUACCCGUGCCGCGAUUCGCGCAUCAGGUCGCAUAUAACCCGAAAUCGAAGACGAUAUUCCUGCAUGGUGGCAACGCCGGAGAGGUUCCUAGAGCAGAGGAGAGAGAGGGGACGCCUGCUGGUGCUGCGGAUGGAGAGCAUGCCGCUGGGGAUGCUGAAGAUACUAGAGAUCGCCAGGGCGAUGGGGACAAAGAUGCACCUUCAGGGUCAGCUGCGAAGGAGAGGAGGCUGGAUGAUUUCUGGAAAAUGGAGCUGAAGAGACCGGAGCCAGGAGAGAUUAUCCGACAAACCAAGUUCCUGAUCCGGCGCCAGCAGUUCCGGGAAAUGUGCGAAGAGCAGCCACCCGUCAAGGCUCUUGGCUUCCUUCAGAAAGAAGUUGCAAGCGUCGUUGACCACACCAACGCCCAGGAAGAGGAUAUAUUCCGGUCGCUGCUUACGCACCUACUCGCUCCACCUCCUCAGGUGAAGGAAGAGAACAAUAACCAACCACCAUCGGCGUCUCGGACGCCAUUCUCUUCUGACUCAAGUCCGAGUACAUUGGAGCACGAAGACUCCCGUGAGUGCAGCCCUCGUCCGAGGAAGAGGUCGAGAUCUGAGAAUGGGAAAGAAGUUAGCAGUAGCGACAGUGAGGACGGGGCUUGGACGAACGAGAUCCCGACGUCAGCAGACGUCGAUGGCCCCUCCAACAUCCAGAAGCUCCGCGACGUGCCCGACCCUCUCGAGGCAACGAUACAUGGCAGGUAUCCGAGCCCAGCGGGCGCGCCAUUGUCAGGAGAGAGAUAUGUCCAGCGGACUGAGAUCUUCGAGGCGCUUCUGAAGUUCGUCAGCGAGGAAUCGGCUCAGCCGUCGGAGAGCCUUUUGGAUUUGGUGGAAAGGGAUAGAUCAAGGACUGAACAUAGGAUGGUAUUUUAG